AACAAAUCCCCACCUUUUAUCAUUCACAAAUUCUCACUCGAUUUUAAUUUUAUAUCAAUCGUAAAAUUCACCGGAGAUGGGGAACUUCUGGUCCGCCGUCGAACCUCCACCGCCGCCGCCGAUGGUGCUUGUUCCGCCUCUCUUCGAUUUUCCUCCUCUCGCCGCCCGUACGAGAAUGCUGGAAUCAUCGUACAACCUUUUGUUCGGGAAGCUGGCGUUGAGGUGUCUGUUCGAGGAUUAUUUCGAAGACGCGAAGCAUUUCAGCACGAGGAUUAUGCUCAAGCCGAUUGAUGAUCCACAUGUUGAUUUGAUUGCCACUGUUUCUGGUCCGUAUGACAAUAAGCCAGAGGAGAAAAUUGGGGGAAAUGCACAAUUCCGGUGGCAAAGUGAUGUUGAUGAUCCUCACACAUUUGUUGACCUCUUUGUUUCAAACACUGAACCGACUUUACUGAUGAGAUCAUGUGCAUACUAUCCCAAGUUCGGGUUUGGAGCAUUUGGUAUCUUCCCAGUCCUUAUGAAACAGAGAUUAUCUUCUGAAGAUUAUGGUGUCAUGGGUUUGAGGUAUGGCUCUUCAAAUCUGUCGGUUGGAGCUACAGUUAUUCCUUUUGCUGCUGGAGAUGAGCUCCCCAAAACUGCAUGGUUAGUAAGCAAGAUGGGGAGGUUAACUGCUGGAGUGCAAUAUGAACCAAAAUUUGGAAGCAAAGAGGAAGCACGUUACAAAAACUUAGCUAAUUGGAGCUGUGCAAUUGGUUAUGGGCUAGGAUCAGGCAGCCCACUGAGCCCAUCAUUCAACUUUGGACUUGAACUUGCCAAAAACUCGCAGUUCAUUGCUUCUUUCUAUCAACACGUGGUGGUGCAAAGACGGGUUAAAAAUCCCCUCGAAGAAAAUGAAGUAGUUGGGAUAACAAAUUACAUCGACUUCGGUUUUGAGUUGCAGACAAGGGUGGAUGACGACAAACCGGCAAAUAAUAUUCAUGAUUCCACUUUCCAAGUUGCUGCUUCUUGGCAAGCCAAUAAAAACUUUUUAGUUAAGGGAAAGGUUGGACCUCUCAGCUCAUCAAUAGCUCUGGCUUUCAAAUCGUGGUGGAAACCUUCUUUCACAUUAAGCGUGUCGGCUGUUAGAGAUCGUACCAAGGCCGAGACAUCAUUCGGAUUUGGAAUUCGUGUCGACAAUAUUCGAGAAGCAAGGUUAGAUGCAAAAACCCACAUCAUUCUUGUUCGCAUGAUUUUGGAAAUUUAGUUAGAGCUUCAUGCAGUG